GCCCCCGGGGGGUGGGGACCAGGGGGACAUGACAUGGCCGCUGUCACCAGCUCACGUCUCACCCCGUUUCGUCCCCAGGAGACGCUUCCCCUGGAACAUCAUCCUGCUGACCAUCUUCACACUGGCCAUGGGGCUGAUGACAGGGACAAUCGCCAGCAUGUAUCGGACCAAUGCCGUCCUGAUCGCCAUGCUCAUCACCGCCAUCGUGGCCAUCAUUGUCACCAUCUUCUGCUUCCAGACCAAGGUUGAUUUUACGUCGUGUCCGGGGCUCUUCUGCGUGCUAGGCAUUGUGGUCAUGGUGACCGGGAUUGUCACUGCCAUCGUCCUUUCCUUCAAAUAUGUCCCCUGGCUCCAUAUGCUGUACGCGGCCAUCGGCGCCAUCGCCUUCACCCUGUUCCUUGCCUAUGACACCCAACUUGUGCUGGGGAACAGGAAGAACACACUGAGCCCCGAGGAGUAUGUCUACGGUGCCCUCACCAUCUACACCGACAUUGUCUACAUCUUCACCUUCAUCCUGCAGAUCGUGGGCCGGGAUUAGCCCCGGGACCCCUCCUGUCCCCCCGCCGCUGCCCCUCACCUCCUCCUCUGUCCUCUGUACAGGAUACAGCCGCUUACCGUGACUCCUAACGCUUCAGCAUCCCUACCCAUAGGCUCCUAAGGAAAGGGCUUCCCUUGAUCACUGCCCCCCCAAGCCUCCAAGGGUGGUGGGGAGGACCGGCUGCCAGUGUUUAGGCAGUGCCCAGCAUUGGCACCGCUUGCUGAGGCCGUGCCUGUGGUGCUGGGUGGGCAGUGGAGCGCCACAGUCCUGCCUGGGCCCAGGGAGCUGGCAGCAGCUGCUGGGAUCGCGUUGGGAUUUUUUUGGCAGAGCCUGGUUGGUGUUACUCACGUGGUGCCUUAAACGCGGCUCCGGCCGUGCCCCCCUCCCCAAGCUGCAGUGGUGCCCGGUGCGGGCAGGGGGCAGCUGGGACUGGUGGCAGAGCUCACGUUGCAGAGGCCCGGCAGCCACGGAUGUGGGCAAAGUUGCACUUGCUAAA